AUCUUUCUUUCCAUUCAUCAUCUUUUUUUUUUUGUUUUGUUAAUAAACUCAAUCAUUAUGUCUGAAAGUGUAUUUGCUGCCUCUCAUAUUGUUCAUAACAAUACUAUGUCUAUUGAAGAAUAUCGUUCUCGCAAAGUAGCUCUUAUUACUGGUGUUACUGGUCAAGAUGGUUCUUACUUGGUUGAAUUCUUAUUAUCAAAGGGUUAUGAAGUUCAUGGUAUUAUUCGUCGUUCUUCUUCUUUCAAUACUGGUCGUAUUGAACAUAUUUAUAAGGAUAGUCAUGAAACUGGUGUCAAGUUCUUCCUUCAUCAUGGUGAUUUGACUGAUUCUACUUGUUUGGUUCAUAUUGUUUCUCAAGUUCAACCUACUGAAAUUUAUAAUUUGGGUGCUCAAUCUCAUGUUAAGGUAUCUUUUGAUAUGUCUGAAUAUACUGGUGAUGUGGAUGCUCUUGGUACUUUACGUUUAUUGGAUGCUAUUCGUACUUGUGGUUUAACUGAUCGUGUUCGAUUCUAUCAAGCAUCUACUUCUGAAUUGUAUGGUAAAGUAGUUGAAACUCCUCAAAAGGAAACCACUCCUUUCUAUCCUCGUUCUCCUUAUGGUGUGGCCAAACUUUAUGGUUACUGGAUUGUGGUUAACUAUCGUGAAUCUUACAAUAUGUAUGCUUGUAACGGUAUUUUGUUUAAUCAUGAAUCUCCUCGUCGUGGACGUACCUUUGUGACUCGCAAGAUUUCCAAGGCUGUUGCUGAUAUUCAUUUGGGCCGUCAAGAAUGUUUAUACUUGGGUAAUAUUGAUGCCAAACGUGAUUGGGGUCAUGCUCGGGAUUAUGUUGAAGGUAUGUGGUUGAUGUUACAACAAGAUCAACCCGAAGAUUUUGUUUUGGCUACUGGUGAAACUCAUACUGUACGAUCCUAUGUUGAAAAGGCUUUUGCUGUUACUGGUCGCAAGAUUGUUUGGGAAGGUGAAGGUGUAAAUGAAGUUGGAAAGGAUGCUGAAACUGGUAAGGUGCGUGUUCGUAUUGAUCCCAAGUACUUCCGUCCUGCUGAAGUUGAUUUGUUAUUGGGUGAUCCUACUAAGGCCAAGGAAAAGUUGGGCUGGACCCGCAAGGUCUCAUAUGAUGAAUUGGUUACUGAAAUGGUUACUGCUGAUGUUCAAUCUUCUUUGAACAAUGACACUAGUAAUUAGAAUAGUUUAGUUUUAGAUGAUGAUUCCCUUCUAUCUCUUUCUUUCUUUCUUUCUUUUUUUUUAUUACUUCAUUGUUAUAUCGUUUAGAACUUUUUGAUUUCCUUUUUUUUUUAUUUUAUUCUAUAUUUCUUUUGUAUCAUAUUGUUGUUUAUUUAAAUAAACAUGUUAGAUUAUAC